CUCUCCCCUAGUCAAACCAGUGAGGGCAGAACCGGUACGAAGUGCCAAGGGAGCAGGUGGGAGCCGCCCUGCGUCCUCAACUGUAGCCAAUGGCCGUUCGCCAUUUCGCGCCCCGCCCCGCCAUCCUUUGCGCUCCGUUGUUGAAUGCACCUCGCCGCCACCGAUCCGUCGCCGUCGUGAGAACUGCAUCCCGUUUUCGGGCCACGCGUGAUCACCAUGGCCGUGGCACUUUCGAUUUUCUUGGGGGGAGGGCAGCUGCGUCCUGCUGCCCUCUUUUUUGAGCAGGGCCAGGACCCCUCGCCAUCCCUCCCUCCCUUCCUCUGCGACAACCGAUUUCUCUCCAUGCCAGGUUCCUCCCCAGCGCUGGGCAACAACCACGAUGGCAACGCAACGAGCAGUCGGUCUUGCUGCAAAAACGCGGCCCGUUCAGGCCUACAAAGAUGCGGCAUUGGAUGCCAGGCGCGAGAGAGCGAGGCUCUCAAAGCGCGAGUUCAAGCCGAUACCUGAUCGGCCACGGGGGAGCGACAAGUAUCGCCAACAACAAAAGCUGGCAAUGCAAUCGUGGAAAAUAUUCUUCACGCAGGUUUACGAGACGGAUCCGGACGACGCCUACCAAGCCGAUCCCGACCAGAUUUGGCUUGACCUAUGUAACCGCGGGACCGAAGCAUACAAUGGAGCGAUUCACUGUUGCCAGCAGUUCCUCAAGGAUUACGUCAGGGCUUCUGAGCGACCGGUCGUGAGCACCGGGCCGGAAGAACGCAGGAUCGAACGAUCGAUAAAUAGGGAUUUGAGUGUCAGACACUUUUGGGAGUCCCUCGUAGUCGCGGCUGACAGAACGGUCCUGAGCGAAAAGAGGAGGAGUGUUACCAGCAACCCUGAUAAAUGGACCUUGUCAACUACACAAAGCCACAAGUCACGGGGGUCAGGACCAGUCUGGCAGAUUUCACACUGGAUUGCCUCUGAUUUGGCGAAUGAGCUCGAGCUCACUAAGAAGCAAACAUUCGUCAAGGUCGCAGCGACGACCGCCGAUAUUCUAGUUGUCUUGAUGACUCUAUGGACUCGUGCGAACGAUAUUCCCUGCGACCGCGAGACUCGAGUCGCCUUCCACGCUAGAAUUCUGUUGGCAUCUAUGGGCGGGUUCCGCCGUGGAACUCUGGAUAAACUGAAAUAUAGUCAAAUCAAAAUGCAUCUCUCCCGGCCCGGAAAAAAAACCGUCGAGAACAUGAGUGUCUUCGGCGACCUUACAUUAUACUACAACAAACAGCAGACAGACAAGAUUUGUACCUCGCAGGAUGACGUAAUUGAAAUAGGCCUAAAAAAUACAAACGAUCCACUUGUCGACCUGGUGAGAAUCGUCGCUGCCCAGGCAAUCAAAGACGGCGCUUUCGACCCCCCGUAUCACUCUUGGGAGGAUCUCGAAAAGCCUAGGGAUGCCGAAUAUGCCGAACUACACUGGAAAAAAGAAACGUUAGACCGUGAGAUCUUUGCACUGUCUCACGAAACUGAGCGUGCCCUCUGGUAUCGUACACUUCUGGUGGCCGGCUACCGUGAACCCAUGCGGUUGUACUCCAUACGAGUAGGUGCAGGUGCUCGCCUCGACAAGUCGUUUACUUCGGCGCAGCGCAACUAUGUGCUCUCCAAUUCCAGCAGAGUAUUCGAGGAGUACUACCAGCCGAGGAAUUUCAAUGGCGACCUUGUUCAAGUCGCAUUCGGCGAGCAUGCACGAGGCAACGACGAACUGUUCAAACGUAUGCGGGAAGCCUCAUUUAAAAGAAACGAAAAUGCCCCAAUCUAUGUAACCCAAGAAGAUCUCGAGUCUUUCCAAAAGCGGGAGGACAUCAGCGAGCUGCGUGUCGAAUAUGCAAGGCUUAAAGAAACUGCAAGGCUCGAAAAGCGCGCCAAGCAUGAAGAGGGCAAGUCUGAAACCAAGGAUAAGUCCGAGGCUGACAAGGAGGCAGCUCGUGUACUAUCUCACAUAAGCAAAACAAUUGCAAACCUGUGCGCCAGCACACUCAAGGGGUCUAGAGCUGAGUUUUUCGAGCGAGUGGACCGCGAGGAGGGGGACAAAGGCAAAUUCAAGAGGGAUUUGCAAACCUUACACGUCAACCCGCAAAAGCCUCGGCACAUCGCAGCAGGUAACGCUGCGGUGAAAAUCGGCCAGAUCUUGCGUGGAGACAUUGUUCGAGGCGACACCUUCAGCAAAGCACUUCUUUCCUUUCUCCAGUGUAAAGAUGAUGCAAUUGCGCCAUGCCCAGAAGCCGCUCAGGAAGUUCAAUCGAUAGAGCCAACACUAGCCCAGAAGCCGACUUGUCUUUUAUGCGGAAGUUCAUUCACAUUGCAGAGAAACCUGAUCAGACACACCAAAACUCAUUGCUUUCAGCAACCUUUCGACUGUCCCGCAUGCAAAUGCACUAUUAACUCUGCGUCUGACUGGGCCAGACACGUUGUGGAUUCCCACGGCACGCAGAACGCUUCACAAUUGAAGGCAAAGAAGGCUGCCAAUAAGUCACAUUUGUUGUCAGCGAUUCAACUCGAUCAACUCGAUAGUUCAAAACCAACCUGUUACAUAUGUGGCAGUUCGUUUACACGUAGGAAAAAUCUGACCCGGCACAACAGAGAGGUUCAUCACUACGAAGGACUAUACGACAGACCCUUUCCCUGCCCCGCAUGCAAAGGUCAAGAAAAGGAUCACAUCAUUAACAAUGCAAUGGAAUGGAGCAAUCAUGUCGAGAAAGUUCACGGCAAGCUCAACGCCCCAGGACUGCCGGAAAACAAGGACAGCUUCGCCCGGAAGCGGAAAAGAAACGAGUACAGGCUAAAGGAAGGAGAUGAGGCAAGUGAUAUCCAAAAGGUCGUCGAGAAGAAGCGAAAGGUUUCAGACAAGGGCCGACUUGAGAUUUACGAGGGAAAGCUGGCCUUAUGCCUCUUUUGCAAAAUGACAAUGGAACCCGGGAGGUGCUUUUCCAACCAUCUAGGGAAGAAGCAUAGGGGUAGGUUUGAGUCUGAAACUCACUGCCCCAAAUGUUUAGAGUCGGAUGAAGAGGUUGCAAUUCUCGGGCGGUAUGAUUGGAGUCGCCAUAUUUCGGAGGUUCAUGGUGGCGACAACGGCGCUUUGCUUGUAAAUGACCUGUGUUAAGGAUGUAGGUGUCAGUGGCAAUGGGGCUUUGCUUGAGCCAAGCAUCACAAAUACUGUCAUAGAUCUUUUUCUUGGGAUGUUCAAAUAAUACGACGCGCUGUUGACUUUGCUAUCAGGACCUGAUUUCAUUUUCAAAUUGUUCAUUACAUUCCCGAUAAAUUAAUAUAUCCGAUUGUCGAACGUUGUUGCUAUCAAUGAUUCCCCGCCACACCCUUCUAAUAACUGCAU